UUCGCUCAUGAUAUUCCCGUAGGAGCUAGAAAUCGUGCCAUUACUACACAAAGUAAGUAGUACCAAUGUAUAAAAGGAACAACUUCAAGCUAUUUCGCCAUGGUUUAACGGUGGCAAGCCAACUUCCAACCCUGGUUCAAUUAUGCCAAAAUUUUUCCAAAAGGGAUAGUACGGCGGUGGGCUAUAACCAAACCUUAUACAAAAACGACAUACCCGUAGGCUGACCGUUACGGCAACUGUUGAAAUCCCCCGGACGCCGUCCGAGGCGGUGGCACACGCAGGCGAGUCAACCCUCCGCCGCCGUCCGAUUUCCAUCCAACCGCCCCAGAUGCCCAGACCGCCUGCAGCCAGGACGCCGGUUUGACCCGACACCGCGCUUUUGGGCCCCACCGCCUCCCCCGCCCCCGGGCCCGCGUCGCAGUUGCUGCUGCGGUUUUCCGGUGGGGCACGCAUCCAGCUUGUCCGAACGCCGCCCUCGAAUUGGGUUAUUUCGGAGUACCCCAAUGACGUGUGGGUCCGGUUCCUAGCGGGACCUACAGUUCAGUGGGAAGUGUAGUGGGUGGGUGUGGGCCCGGCGUCUAAAAGCUUAAAAAAAGAGCAGAAAAAAGAAGAAGAAACAAGCGAGAGCGAGGGAGGAAGCAGAGGAAGGAAGAAGGCGGUUGGAUCAGUGGGAAGAGGAGAGCUGGAGAAGGUAGCAGGGGAAGGGGGAGGAUGGACACGGCGGCGGCGGCAGCAGCGGGAGCGGUGGCGCCGGCCGGAAAGACGGGGGCGGCGCCGCCGCCGCCGACGGAUAUACCGAUAAUGCACGACGGCGACCGGUACGAGCACGUGCGGGACAUCGGGUCCGGCAACUUCGGCGUCGCGCGACUCAUGCGCUGCCGCGCCACCGACGCCCUCGUCGCCGUCAAGUACAUCGAGCGCGGCGACAAGAUUGACGAUAACGUGCAGCGGGAGAUCAUCAACCACCGGUCGCUGCGCCACCCCAUCAUCCGCUUCAAGGAGGUCAUCCUGACGCCGACCCACCUCGCCAUCGUCAUGGAGUACGCCUCCGGCGGGGAGCUCUUCACGCGCAUCAGCAAUGCCGGUCGCUUCAGCGAGAAUGAGGCUCGGUUCUUCUUCCAGCAGCUGAUUUCUGGGGUUAGCUACUGCCACUCCAUGCAAAUAUGCCACCGCGAUUUAAAGCUCGAGAACACUCUGCUGGAUGGAAGCACGGCGCCUCGGCUCAAGAUAUGUGACUUUGGUUAUUCCAAGUCAGCUCUUCUGCAUUCACAACCAAAGUCCACUGUGGGAACUCCAGCAUACAUUGCUCCUGAACUUUUAAUGAAGAAAGAAUACAAUGGCAAGAUUGCGGAUGUGUGGUCAUGUGGGGUGACCCUCUAUGUGAUGUUGGUUGGCGGGUAUCCUUUUGAGGAUCCAGAAGAUCCUAAGAAUUUCAGAAAGACAGUUCAGAAAAUAAUGGGGGCUCAGUAUGCGAUUCCCGACUAUGUCCAUGUAUCUCCAGAAUGCCGAGACCUUUUAUCAAGGAUCUUUGUUGUCAAUCCAGACCAUAGGAUCACCAUGGCUCAGAUAAUAAGCCAUCCUUGGUUCGUGAUUAACCUCCCUAUUGACAUAAUGAUUGAUGGCACAAUGGACUAUGAGGAGCCGGACCAGCCGAUGCAGAACAUGAACGAGAUCAUGCAGAUACUGGCAGAGGCAACCAUACCACCUGCUCCAACCCGCCUAACUGCCCAGUUGCCUGAAGGCCUUGACAUGGACGAAGACACUGAGGAUUCAGACUCAGACAUGGACACCGACACCGAUACUGGGAGCAGUGGGGAGCUAAUUUUGGCCCUGUAAUCAUGUCCAUGAUUGCAUGGCAACCGUAUUUGCGGCCUUCCUUUCUGUAAAUCAAUCUGUCGAGUUGCGGAUCCUCUAGAUCAGCUCGAGCUUAAGAAGUGAUUUGUCCUUAA